AUGGUAGUACAACAACGCUUUUCGUUUGAACAACUCCGACAAGAACGAUUUGAGUCUAUACUGAAUGAUUCCUUCUUUAAGGAAGUACAGGACAGAUGGGGUUUACAUCUAAACACACGUCUCUGUGCUUUUCGUUUUCAACUUGAAGAGGAUCACUUCAAUGGUGGUAUGAACAGUAGUGUACUAGGACCUCUUCGAUUCUCUGGUUUUCAUAAAGGACUUUUACAGGAAUUUCUUUCUGCUCUCUUUGAGUCUACAGUCGUGCAAGAGGCACUUGGACUGAAGGCUUCUUCUUCUUCUUCUAAUUAUCAUCAUAGUAAUAAUAAUAGUAGUAAUAAGCGUGGUGGUGUGGAGUACAGUGAGCUUAACUGCAAUUGGAUAACGUUGGAUCCAUUUAAACGUCUUGUGGAGGCUGGAGUGGUGCGUUGUGUUGAAGGGAACGAUAAAGAUCACUCGGAUUCUAUUUAUAAUAAUAAUAAUAAUAAUAAUAAUAAUAAUAAUGAUCGUGUGGAACCUUUUGAUGGUGUUCGAAUGCCUAUUGUAAAGAGAGGGGAUAUGUAUCUCCCGCAUGAUAUUCCCGUCACGGAUGAACUACGAGCUUUAUUCUUAUUAGUAAAUAACACCGCCGUAUGCCGUGAAGAUAAUGAUGAUUAUGAUGAUAUGGAUAUGUUCUCUUAUAGUGCCGCAGCUCAAAUCCCUAUUUCAGAAUUACGUCUACUUUUUAAUAAAAAAGAGCGGGCAGAGUUUUUAUAUCAUAUUGUUUGGCGUUUUGUUGCUGGUGGUGGUACAAACAAUCAGUGGGAUGAUGAUUUCACAGUCUAUUUGGAAGCCGCUCGUAUGUGGUAUAAGACUCUUGUCGCUAUUCGAGCUAUUCCAUUAAAGGAUUCAACUAGAAGAAAUACUAAUCAAAAUAAUAAUAAUAAUAAUAAUAAUAAUAAUAAUAAUACUGAUAGUGAUGAUGGGGAUAAUGUAAUGGAUGAACCUGAUCGUGAUGUGGACGGGGGAAAUACCACGUUAAUUCCUGAAGUCAUAUCUACAGUGGUAUCUGUACAGGAAGUGAAUGGACUGCGGCUCUUUGCUCGCAGUGAUGAGGCAGAACCGAGUAAUCUAAACUACUGCUAUGUCUGUAUUAAUCCAGUACUUGCAGAAGUAGUGAUAUGGUAUCACUGUUUUUAG